AUGAAGUCUUUACCAGGCCGUGGCCUAGGCGGCGAUUCCGAAAAGAGUAACAGCUACACGCGUCAGGAGCAGCACAUUCAACAGGUUCUAGCCGUGGUCUCGGCAUCAAUUAGUAUGCUCUCGGGGCUCAUAUCAUUCUACUGGUUUGCAACAAUGAAGAGGAACUUCCGACAUCAACUCAUCAUGCUGCUCAUUGGAAGUGGAAUGUUCAAGGCUGUUUGGUAUUGGGUUCCUCCUAUCACCAUCCUCGCAGGGCUGGAGCCCAUUUCUCAUGGUUUCUGUCAAGGUGUCGGUUUCUUACUUGCUGUGGGCAUUGAGGCAUCAGAUUCCGUUAUCAUCCUUAUCGCAAUCCAUACGGCCCUCACGAUCUUUGCAUCGCGUAAGGCGAACUCCCAGACUGGCCUGUACGGCUAUCGAUGGGCAGCCUACACUUGCUGGGCGUUGUUCUCAACACUCAUGGCGGCAUUGGCGUUCAUCAAUCCAAGCAGUCCUUAUAUGUCUCAGGGUACCUUCUGCUAUCUUCCGGCCCGCCCAAUAUGGUACCGACUAGCACUUAGCUGGAUUCCUCGCUAUCUUAUUCUCUGCACGAUUGUAGGCAUAUAUCUAGCCGUAUACCUGUACACCAAGUCCAAAUUUGGGGACUUCGACGCCAAAUUCAGCACCAACAGCGUAGCUUCCGAGGACACGACUCAGCACAGUCGGACAGACAGACAACCGUCCUGGCCAUUGCCUGGCUUCGACGGCGCCGAUGAUCCUAACAGUGCAGAGUCGAGUACGGAAAUAAGCUCUCCCAUCUUGGGUUCCUUGAUCGCUUCUCGAAAAGCAACAGAGGCCGAAGUCUCCCUUCCGAAGUCUUACGAGCCGGUCUCAGGCCCAAGACUUACUAACAGAACGCCAACCCUCCUGGAGGCACUCCGUGACAGGACUCUGAUUUCUGACGCCAACAAAUUUGUGGAAUCUUCGGCGAAUGCUGCCUUGCGUCAACGUCAUAAAGCCAUCAAAAGACAGCUACGGUACUUGUUUGUUUACCCGCUUGUCUAUCUUGCAAUGUGGAUUCCGGCUUUUGUCAGCCAUUGCUAUCUCUACACCGACCAGCAUAAUCCGCCAUUCGUGUUGAACACCAUCUCGAUAUGCUUCCUUUGUCUACAGUGUGCCGUUGACUGCUUCAUCUUCAGCAUACGAGAGACGCCGUGGAGACAAAUUAAAAAGAACCCCAACCCGAUUCAGAGGAAGACGCACUCAAGAGGGGGGAGUGACAAUGGCUUGAGGCGAAUGAUCAGUGGGUUUCAGGAGCAGGCCACUGCAAAGGGGGACAUCCAGACCUUGGAAGGCCAGACGGGGCAAGAAUCUCGACGCGAGAGGAAUUGGUGGGACAGAGACUCUAUGUAA